CCUGCGUGGCAUGUAAAUUGAAACACGCUCUGUCAGAGAGAGAGAGGGAGUGAGAGAGUGUGGACUUUUGUACAGUUAAAACAGAAGUUGCACGACAAGGAAUAAUAUUACCAGCAUGCUCGACUUCUAUAAGUUACUGUCCUUCAUUAACAAGACAGUAUAACUCGAGACUUCUGCUCAAACACAGGAAGGAAACGCGGAAAAUCCAAAGAAAGUUUUCCAAAUAUCAGGCCUGGUUUCCCAGACGUGGUUUCAAAGCUCUCAGUGGCAUGUUACUAUGGAAGGACAGCACAGCCAUCACCAGCACAAUCUAGAGGAUCAGAACAAGCUCCUCUAUAAUCUUCCCGGGCAGGAUUAUCAACAUGAAGGCCAGAGAAACAUGUCUUCCUACCAGUUCUGCUGCACCCUGGCCAAUUUCCGAAUCGAGAAGAAAAUCGGCCGAGGUCAGUUCAGUGAGGUGUACAGGGCAACACAUCUUUUGGAUGGAAGACAGGUUGCUCUGAAGAAAGUCCAGAUUUUCGAAAUGAUGGAUGCAAAAGCAAGACAAGACUGCAUUAAGGAAAUUGACCUUCUUAAGCAGUUGAAUCACCCCAAUAUUAUUAAGUAUUUGGAUUCCUUUAUCGAAGACAAUGAACUGAACAUUGUUUUAGAAUUAGCUGAUGCGGGAGAUCUCUCUCAGAUGAUUAAGUAUUUUAAAAAGAAGAGGCGACUCAUCCCUGAAAGGACAGUAUGGAAAUAUUUUGUGCAGCUAUGCAGUGCGGUGGAGCACAUGCAUUCUCGCAGAGUGAUGCACAGAGACAUAAAGCCAGCUAAUGUGUUCAUAACAGCAACAGGGGAGGUAAAACUGGGAGACCUGGGGUUGGGACGUUUCUUCAGCUCCAAGACCACUGCAGCACAUUCCUUAGUGGGGACACCCUACUACAUGUCUCCAGAGAGAAUCCAUGAAAACGGAUAUAACUUCAAAUCGGACAUAUGGUCUUUGGGAUGCUUGCUAUACGAGAUGGCUGCCCUUCAAAGCCCUUUCUACGGUGACAAAAUGAACUUGUUGUCUCUGUGCCAAAAAAUUGAGCAGUGCGAUUACCCUCCACUCCCACCUGAGCACUACUCUGAUAAGCUGCGGGAGCUGGUCAGCAUGUGCAUCAAUCCAGACCCCGAUCAAAGACCCGAUAUUUGCUUCGUCAACCAGAUAGCGAGACAGAUGCACCUCUGGACCUCCAGCACCUGAAAUCUUUGUCGAGGCUGCUGGGCGAUAAAUCCAACACAUUUUGGUCUUACUUGAAUUUUUGGAAGAUGUUUUUCUUCACGAAACUCAAGAUGGUGUGACUGCAAGACCUUCAUUUUUGUUUGAAAACCACCUCUUUUAUGAAGACCUUUAUGCUUUAGUAGUGCAGAGUGGUUGAAAACAAAAUUGGGCAGUGAUGUGGUGUUAAGGAGAAAAUUAUGUAUCCACAGUGUCCUGCAGACAAGCCUCUGUUCUUAUUGAUUUUGUCAUACAGUGCUCUUUAUCUUAAGAAAAAAAUAACUAACCUAUUCGUAAGAAUGCCUGAGUAUUCAGUCUAACAUAAUGCCAUGUAAACUUGCCAUAUUUAAUCCAUUCAAGGUCAUCACUGGCGAUACUCAUUAUUUUUUGCAUUGUAACUCAUUUCAGUUUUACCUUACUUUUUUAAAGUUGUACAUUUAAAAAGCUACAUAAGACGGUAUGAACUGAACUAUACUUCUCUUGCUCAGCCUUUUGCUUCAUUUUUCUAUUUCGUUUGUUAAAAGCUUCAGAGUUUACCGAUUCAAUAUUGUGAUAUGAAGUUUUUGUUUAGAAAGCAGCUGUGAUGGGGUUUGCUGUUCAGUUUUCUUUAAAAAAAACAAACUUGUACCGAUAAAUGACGCAAGAAUUGGUGAGUACUGAUAGCAAGUGUCCUAUCUCUUUGGAAUGAGGAUGUAGAAAGUCCCGUUCAGGAAGUAUUUUUUUGUUGUUGUAACUGUGAAAAAUGAUCUGUAAUGUGAAUGAAAAAACACAUUGAAACCAAGACCGUUAUGUGUCAAGAUAAAAUGUAUACAGUAUUGAAUGGAAACUUGCAUCGUGCUUGAGAUUAAUAUAUGCAUUUUUGUGCAAAGAUAUUGCCCUGUGUAUGAGCAGAUUAUGUGAAGAAGAAUUUUAAGUGGAGACGGUAUAACUCCUUUCCACUGAGAGUGCUAGCAUCUGCACAUUCUCAGAUUCUUUUUUUUAUAGAAUUGUCUCUUAAGUGUUAACCUUAACAGAUGCUGCUUUUGCAGUGCUUCACAGAUGAUGACAAGACGUAUGCUUUUUUUCCUCCUUAAAUGUUAUAUAUUGUCUGUUAUUUAGUAUUGUGCCAGCCUUAGCUGCCAUGAUUUCAGGAAAUAUAUUUUAAAUACAAAGAAACUAAUGGGAGUAAAACAUUUAUGGGACAGGUUUAAUAAAGCUAUGGGUACAAAUCAUGUUUUAGAGCAGAUUGCUUAUAAAAUAUUUUACAUGUUUCUUUUAAGAAAGGACACUAGUCUUGCAAUAGAGAUACCGCAACAUCUGAUUAUUAAUUUCACUAUGUGCUUAAUGAGACAAAAUCCGCCCUAAUUAGUUUGACUGGCUUUCAAUAGAAAUACCUUGACUGAAAACAUUUGUAGACAAGAAUAAAUUCUGUGUAAUGAACUUGUAUUAAUCUAGACAUAAUGAUUUGACUCUUUCUGCAAAAAAAAAUAUUUUAAAUCAGUUUUUCUUUGGGCAAUUUGGCAUUUGUAUCACUGUGAUUUUAAUUUAGUGGAAUCACGUUGAAGUGUUUCCCAUUUGUAUUUUGUUGGUGAAAAAAAUCACUACAUUAUCAGAUGGUAUUUCUUAUUCAAGAUGUACUUGGGGAAUUUCUAACACUUGAUACAAUUGUGCUGUUACUAUGACAAGUUAUGCUUAAUUUAUGUUGGAAAUAAACAUCUCUCUUUCUCUCA